UGUCGGACAUGGUACGCGAGGUUGUGAAUGAGUUUGUGAGUUAUUAGAAUUAGUGGUUGUUUAUGUUAAGUAUGCGAGAUGAUACGAAAUUCAGGGGCUGCAAGAAGCAUUGCAGGAUUGGUUUACGUUAUAAUAGCACGUGAUGAAAAUAGCAACAGUUGACAGGUAGUUGUAUUAAAGCCGCGAAUAGAUGAGUCAUCAAGGUACAAAUAAUGCAUUACUGCAACUGCAACUACUGACUGGAUUUUGCUAGAGCUGUAUCUUCAUAUGCAGUGUAAGGAGGGGACAGGCUGAGAUAAUCAUUGUGGCUGUGAGAUGGCUGACAAUGGGAGUCGGCGAAGUGGGGGCAGUGGUGGCAACACCCAACAGUUGCAAGAUGGACAGUCCUCCGCCAGGCCAAAGAGGGAGAGGCAGGAGGGUUGGUCCAGAGGUCCUAGAAGUCUGUUUCUUAGGAGAUUCGAUAACAAUGGCUUUGGUUUUACACUGCGCCACUUCAUCGUCUACCCUCCUGAAUCCUAUACUGUUCUGCAAGGUGAUCGACGACUUGGUUUGCUCCAUGGCAAUGGUGGGCAGGGUCCAGUAUCAGCAGCCUUGGAUGAGCCCAUGGACACAAUCUUUGUGAAACAUGUUCGUGAAAACAGUUCUGCACAUGCAGCUGGUUUGGCCACAGGUGAUCGCAUCAUUAGUGUGAACGGAGAGACCAUCACUGGACGUACGUACGCACAAGUUGUGCAGCUAAUACAGCAAAGUGGAAAUUUCCUCCAUCUCUUCGUUGUGCCUAAAGAGGAUGACAUUUUGCAGUUGUACUUUGGUGAAACAGCUCAUAACCCAGAGACUAAUCGACGACCUUCACGUGUUAAGUCACCUGAGGCAUCGGCUCAGCAUCAUAGAGGAAAUGGCCGGGCCAAUAUGAUGCGACAGCAAUCACCAGUUCCCUUUUCAUCACUACAGCUGACAUCACAACAGCAACAAGCAUCAUCACUACCAUUGCCUCACCACCUACGCCAUCAUCACCGACAGCACCUCACAUCACAGAACCAAGCCAACGCUCGGCUACUCCUCCAAAACCCUUCCUUCGUAGCGGACCUCCAAGAAGCAAAGACUGAUACUUUACCACAAACAGUCCACACAGCAAUGCCCUCUGCCAUGAACAGUUCAAACCUCUGGUCUCCACAGAGCUUACCUACUUCUGGAACUGGAAAUCAAGGCAGGAAUGUGGAUCGUGUUACAUUUUAUCAUGGUGCUGUAGGGGAAGGUGGAAAUAAAGAACUUCAAAACUUUCACACACAUAUGAAGAGUCCAUCUGUUCGGAGGAACAGUGAAGGUAACGGUCCAGCAAUGAGCAGGGAAAGUGCAUAUGGUUAUUCAGGAAGUGGAAGGGGUAGGGGUGACUUUCGUGGAGUGGGUGGUGGGAACGAAUCAAAUCUCUACUGCGGUGUACCUGGUAAUGAAAGACGUGUGAGUGUUGAUAAUUCAGUAUGGAGUAGAGGUUCCAGUUCAGGUGCAAUGUACAAGCUAAGACAGAGUGAAGAUGUCAUGGGCAGUGCAGGGGGAGGUUUAGCAUAUCCUAAUACAGAGAGAAGUAGAGGAUUAUUUCAUGGACAGAAUUUAGGGUCUUCAGCUCCUCUGAGUGAUAACAGUGUGGCUAGUUCAAAUUAUGGAAGUGCAGAGAAUGUCCACUUGACAGCAGGAAGUGUGAACAAUCUUCAGAGACUUAAUUACUCAGGUACAGCUGGUUGUAGGCUGAGCCUUGAUGGUGGGACCACCAGGAGAGAUUCCUCAGUUUCUUUGCCUUCUAAUGGUUUAGUCAGGGAUAGCUAUACUGCUUCAGAAGGGAGCAAGGAUAGCUUGGUGUCAUUUGAUUCAGCAUCAACUCUUACUGGAGGAGGUCAAGAUCGGUGCAGCAGCGAUGACUCCUUAAUUAUGUCCAGGAUACGUAAGAGUUUUGAGCAGAAGGAGGAAUUCUUGAAGAGGCCAAGUCAACCAAUAUCUUGGAAUAUAGCUUCAGGAAAUCAACAACAACCAUCUUCACCCCUCAUUUCACAACAUGCUAUUAUUGCAAGAGAGUUUUACGCAAGGCCGCAAAAAUUUCAGCGACCUUUGUGGCCACCCCAGAACUCAGGAUCAUGUUCUCCCGUCUUACAUCGUCAGCAGUCCCCACCUAGAAGCUCCAGCAGUGGCAGGAGUAAUUAUUCCUCCUCCUCCUCAAAUAACAACAACAAGCCCACACACCAGAAUCUCCAACGUGUCAAGUCCGACAUUGACUCUGAGAGAGAUUCUUUAUCAUCACAUACUAGUGGUGAGGAGAAAUCUUACCAUGAGCAAGCUUCAUCAGAACCUUGGGAUGAUAAUCAAAGUAACAUUCGAGGUGAGUUUGUCUAUGGUGGUCCAGUAUCAAAUGUUCCAACUACAGCAUUAAACAGAUCUGUAUUCAGUCAGUAUACAGGCUCGCAGUUUCGUCCAAUAAUGCCUGUCUCCCCCAGUACCAGUGUAGCUGGCAACAGUUCUAAUGGAAGUACUGUGUGUGUGAGACAUAGCAGUGGAGGGAAAGGCUCAUUUGUGACAACUUUGACUCGCAUACAUGAAAACAUCCCUGUGUCAGAUCCUGGAGCAUCAGGAGAACACUACACUUCAGCAGCAUUCAGUGAUGGUGCAAAGGAAGUGUCUCAUGUUGGCGGAGGCUCUUCAUCACUUCCAUCUACCCUGCCUUCAUCUCAACCUGUAGCAGCAGCUGCUGCUGACUCUGGAGUGCAAUAUCCCCGUUCAAUAUCAACCCCUAGUGAAGGAAUUGGUAAUCAAAACCCUUCCCAUGUGCAUCCCAUGUUGCAAUUGGUGUCAAAGCGUGCUCGUCAGUUUGAGACUGGUGUAUUAGGUGAAGAAGAAGGUCCCCCUAAUGACAGAACAAGCCUGUACCGCAGUGAACUUUCACGACUGUCAUCAAAACGCAGUGUCCCAAAUGUGGCAGUUCGCAAAAGGGAAUUUGAAUCAAGAAGUACAAGUUCAGGUGCAAGUGGUGGAGCAAGAGAUGGCAGAAGGAUGAAUCGAGACAGCAGGUCACUAGAAAGUGCAGCAGUGGCACACACACGGAAGUAUGGAUUGUCAACAACAGGCAGUAUCUUGUCUGGGAACCGCCUGAUUCCUGUAGGUAGCAAGCAUCUGCAUUGUGAGCCCCCUCACGAAUUCUCCGAGCGAAAGACAGACCCACCAUCAAGUGAAAAUCAAGAUGAAAGAAAUGAACCAGUCAAGUUGCGAGCACGCUCAAAUUCUGCUGAGUCUUGGGCAGCUGUUGCGGGAUCUGCAUCACGGCAAGAAGCAGUUCGCAACACUCUUGAAUGGCCACGUAGCAGGGACGAUGACCAUGGUGAUGUGGCCAACGAACCACAAAGACACAAAGCUGUUCGACAGGACUCAUACCUCGCUGCUGUUCGCACACCGGUUACAGCAGAACGCAUGGCCAGAUUGCUUAAACGCCACGGUGCACUCCCCAUGGAUGAACAUGAAGAAAUGGACAGCCUGACUCCUCCCGUCUCUCCCUCUACUGUACCGAUUCCUGCAACCCCUGCAGAGAGACCUAACCAGCUUCCUAUUGCUCAUCCUCUUCGGCCGGCUGAACCGCAACCUGUGACUUCCUCUCCCACUUGUGGGGUUGAAGAUGGGGACACGAAUGAAGCACAUGAUGGCAUCGGGAAGCUUGUGGCAGCUCUCAAUGACAUCUCUCCAGUUCCUGUUAGUACAAUUCCUAGUACUGUUUCAAGUGAAAGUAGCAAUGUUGUCACUACGGCAUCUCCUGAUACAUCAGGUGUAGUUCGGCGACAGAAAAACACAACUGUUUCGGAAGAGGAACGAUUGGUGCGGAGGGUGUCAUACUUGAAGGCUACAUGGGGUGAUCGCAUGCAUGUGGACAGUGACUUAGACCUCAGCGAUACAGAAUCACCACGCAUGCAACUCCGAAGUGCCUACAGGCGUUGGCGCCCUCCCUUGUUUCCUGAUGACAUUCAACGACUGAAACGGCUCUUUGAAGAAGCCGCAUCCCCAUCACCACAGCCGACUCGAGCACCUGCUAGGCAGCGACAGUGUAGCGUCAUUGGAACCGAACCCAGUACUGUCGAAACCCUCCGACCAGAGUGCAACAAGGAGAAUCUUGUACGAGAAGGAUGGCUGCACUGCAAGAUAACGCUUGUGGAUGGCAAGCGGGCGGGUGAUAGAUCCUGGAAGCAGGUAUGGGCAGUUCUCCGGGGCCACAUUCUCUGCCUCUACAAGGAGAAACGAGAUUCUCAGCAGCAGCAGCAGCAACAUACACCUCUGAAUGUGACUGACAAUCUCAGUGAGCAGCAGUCCACAAGCAGUGCAGUAGAUGUACGAUGUAGUCAAGUUGACAUUGCCGAUAACUACACCAAGAAGAAACAUGUUCUACGCCUGAAUACCCUCAGUGGCUCAGAACUCCUACUUCAGGCCGAAGAUGCUGAUAAUAUGGUACAGUGGAUCCAUGCCCUUCAAGCCCAGGCUAAUGAAAAGGAGAAUUGCAGUAGCGGCGGCAGUUCAAGACAACAGCAAAAGUCAUCACAGUCAACUGGAGCUGUAAGUGGUGGAGGUAACAGCCGAUUGUCACCUCUCCCAACCCACAAGGGUAUCCGCAAAUUAACAUCAUUUCAUAAUCGUUCACCCACAGGACAGUCUCCAGUCAACAAAACACGCAAGCCAAGUCAAACAGAUCAGAUUCCAUCUCCCAAGACCAAAACAUGGAGGGGCAGAGUGGCCAAACAGUUACGUCGUAUUCAGCAGGGUUCAGGGUCUCCAAAUUCUCCCACAGCUCCCCAUCCAGAAGGUGUAACCAUUGGCAUUCCUCUAGAAGACUGUCCACAGUCAUCAUUCUCAGAGUUUGUCCCGUUGCUGGUGGAGCUGUGUACACACAUUGUGGAGAUGCGAGGACUGGACAUAAUUGGCAUAUAUCGUGUACCAGGGAACACAGCUGCUGUGACCUCACUCUCUGAGGGUCUCAGAAAAGGAUUUGACAACAUCAGUCUUCAGGAUCCACGUUGGAAUGAUGUCAACGUAAUCUCCAGCCUGCUGAAGUUGUUCUUCAGGAAACUGCCAGAUGCACUUCUAACUAGCGAGCUGUAUCCACUUUUCAUUGAAGCUGACAAGAUUGAGGAUCCUGGCAAGAGAGUAAUCACUAUCAAAAAGCUGUUACAUGACCUUCCAGACCAUCAUUUUGAGACGUUGAAGUUCCUUCUCCUUCAUCUCAAGAAGGUGGUGGAACACAGUACAACAAACAAGAUGGAGGCACGCAACCUUGCCAUCGUAUUUGGCCCAACUUUGGUGCGCACAGCAGAUAACAAUAUGGUCACAUUGGUUACCGACAUGUCACAUCAGUGCCGGAUUGUUGAAUCACUUAUCUCUCAUGUUGACUGGUUCAUCUCAGAUGAUGAGUCUGAUGAUUUCAGCAAUUUCCCAUUCAGUUUGCCCCUGGAUUCAGCUGAACUAGAACCUGCAGCUGCAAACCACAACCUUCUUCUGAGCAACAUUCAGAAAGUUGAAGGCAUGAAAGCAGAUUCCCCAAACAAGGACAUAAGUGCCAAAGAUAUUGUUUCAUCCAUCAUUUCUGCAGCAAACCGGAAAAUGCAAAAGGCCAAAUCGAGGAAAGGUGGCAGUGGAGGUGGAGCGAUGAUAGAGGAUAGCAAAGAAACGUCUGGAGAAGGCAAGGAAAACAUGGACUCUAAACAGCAAACCUCGGAAAGUAAGGUAACAAAGCACAAAGAGUGUGUGUCAGCAGUUGAAAAUAACGAUCCAUCAGCAUCAACUGUGGCAUCAUCCAUCUUUGAAUCAGUUGUUUUCUCAGGGAACAUAGUCAAAAGUAUUCAUACAGGAGAGGAAGAUGAUGUAGCAGUGUCAAGUGAACUCCCAGAUCGUUCUUCAACUCAGGAAGAGUCUGCUGGUAGAGAAUUGCGAGCAGACAGUAGAUCCUGUAGGUUGGAAAGUUCACGCAAGAAUGAAGAACAGCAGCAGCCUUUCAGACAAGAUGGUGUCAUAGUUGGGAAUGAUGAAGUGACAAUAAGGACAUACGCAGGCCUUUCGGCUACAACUCAGGAGCGUAUACGCAGGUUUGAACGUGAGACAAAGGCAAUGCUACAGCGUGAUCUUCCACGACGUCGUGACGCUGAAUGGAGAGAAGCAGAGAAGAGGAGAAUUGAGAUGGAACUGCGGCAGGCAAAACACGACAUGGAAAGUGAGGACUUGCUGGAUGAAAUUGCUGACAACCCAUCAGAUAUUACAAAGAAGAUGACCAACAUGACCAAUGUUCUGGAACGUGACAAGAAGUGUGCAGUUGGUGACAGCUCAAAAUAUGCCUCUAGUACUGGAUGCAGGCUCUCGUCUUCACCUCUCCUCCCAUCUUCUGCACCUAGUAAUAAUCUCACAUCUAUGAAAUCUGAAUUCCCUUCUUCACCCUUUCUCAUGUCUCGGUCAAAUUCUGUGAUUUCAUCAGCUGACCAAGGAAACAGUCAGACGAGCGUAGGAUCCACACAGAAUCCUGUCCACAAAGACAAGGCUUCUGCUUUACAAAAAUUCACUCGGACAAAGAAAGUAGGGACAACUCACAUCUUUCCUGACAGCCCAAAGAAUUUGGGAGGAGACAGAAAUUGCAAUGCUGACGGUUCUUCUUCUUCAACUGAUGUAGUAGCAGUGAGAUCAAGUGCAUCAUUGCUUCCUGGAAGGUCAAAUGCAGAAAGUUCCAGUACUGCGCUUGGCAGUGGAGGUUCAUUAACGCAGUCCACUGUUGCUGUCACAUUACCUCAGUCUUCAGCAUCUUCACAGCGUAUGCUUCGGCGUGGCAACUCUGCAGAGAAUCUUCAUGCUUCUGUCCAGCAGCAUGCAACCUGCAGGCUUGAAACACAGAAAGGAGCACCUCCACCAAAUGGAACCCUCAAGAAGCUCAAAACUGGGAAGGAGCAGCUCGAGUUGGCAUCACCAUUGUUGUCAUCAAAGCCACCAUCGCCAUUAACUGGAUCAUUACGUUGUGGAUCACUUGACUCGCUACAGGAAGCAUAUGGCAGUGAACGUCCACAGAGUGACAUCUCUGAUGAUGGAGGUUGCUUCUUCUCCUGGACCCGCAAGAUUCUUGCUAUUAACAAAAAAAUAUCUAGGCAGACGGCCAGCCCGAGCCUGUGGUGCUUCCUAUCUCAUUUUCAACCACAAGCAACCUUCAUCAGCAAACCCUCAAGCACCAGUACCACAACUGGCAGCUCUGGUUGCCCCAUCAACAGCAGCAGCACCACCCACCACCAUCACCACCACCACCACUACCACCACCAUGCAGGCCUCAAGUUUUCACCGUCAGAAGCAUUAGGCAGGUUGCGGAGAGGCAGUGACCUACUGGUGAGCCUCACAUCAACCUUUGACCAGAAGCUGAAAUCUCUGCUGAGUGGAACAACAACAACAGCAGCAGCAGCAACAACAGUUGGAGCUGCCACUGAUACAACUCCUGCUACAGAAACAAACAUUUCACUAGAACACAGUAAGCUGCUACAGGAGAAUGAAAUUGAAGAAAAUGGUGGCAAUGACAAGUCAUUACCUGUGAGUGCAGGAGGAAGCUCAGAGAUGUCAAAAAAUAAUCUGUUGGAAACUUCAGCAAUUAUAUGUACCAAUGAAGAAAGCAUAUCAGUUCAGCCAACAGUGACAUUCACACCCACCUACACAGCCCUCUUCCGAGACCCCAGCCUCCAUCGCAGGAAGAGCACCCCUGAUGAUUAUCAAGGACAGAAAGAUGAUGUUAUUGGAAAAGAUGAAGAAGAACAAAUGAAACCAGAGAAACAAGAUAACCUAAUUCAAGGAAGAUCUAGGGAGAGUAGUUCUGUGUCUCCUAGGCAACAUUGCCCUCAUUUGGAUCAGAAAUCAUUACAUGGAGGCAAGAACUAUGAAAAGGAGAAUGGAAAUGAUGAAGAAUGUGUUGAGAGUUUAAAGAAUGUGACAAGGGGGGUAAACGCAAUUCCAAGACCCAAAAGUAUAGACUCUGUAACAAAAUUAGAGAACACAGAAUCGUCACAUAGCACGAGGCUCAAACAGUCAGAAUCCCUGACAAAAUGUGAGAAAGAAGAAGGAAGUUCUGCAAGUGUAAAACUGAAACACUCAGAAUCAUUGACUAAGGCAGAUAAACAAGAGACAGCAGCAGUAAAUAGCCGGCUAAAACGUUCCGAAUCUUUGACUAAAGCUGAAAGGUGUAGUGAAUCAGCUUUGACGCACACAAAGCUGAAACGUUCCGAGUCACUCUCCAAAGCAGAAAAGACUGAGGCCUUGUCAAAUACAAGACUUAGACGUUCUGAAUCUCUUACAAAAGCUGAAAGAUCUGAAUCACCGUCAAACUCCAAGUUAAAACGUUCUGACUCAUUGACAAAAACCGAGAAAACUGAAUCCAAUAUUAGCAAGCGUAGACAGCAAGAGAUGCUAAUUUCUGGUUCAUGUAUUCGAAGUUCCAGUAGGGGAAAUAAGGAAAAGGAAAAUAUAGCAACACUUCUGACAAAAUUGAAACGCAAGAACGUGAUGGCUGAAUGUUCCAUCAAGCGUCGUCACACUGUGGGAGGGACGAAAGACUUUGACAAACUCCAUUGGCUGGAUAAUCGGUUGCAACAUGAACAGCUUGCUGAGAAUGAGGCAGCAAAUGCGGUUGCCAUGGCAACUAUGAACAAUAAAGAACGUCGAUGUCUUCGAACAAGUUCGCCUGACCUCAGUUCAUCCCGCCUGAAUGGGGUUCCAGCACGGGAUGGAUUUUUGGUUGAGAUUAGCUUGCUUGGCAGUGGGGGUAUCAUGGCAGAGCUUAGGCAGCACCUCUCACCAGCCACAGGACGUCCACACAGUCUCCCAGAUCCAAAUCUGGUCUCAAGAGCAUUCAAAGUACCCCUAGAGUCACAUGUUUAAAACAUCGGUACAUAGUUUGUGCUUGAGGUUAUUAUUUCCUUGUGAAGUUGAGUCAGGUGAUGUUGAAUCUGUCUCAACAUUUUUCCCAAAAUAACUAUCUGGCAUAAACAUGAAGUGAAAUCUACUUAUGAUAAUAAAUAAGUCUCUUGCAUAAUCAGUUUUUGAAUCUACAGAACUGAGGUUUACUGCAGUAACAAACAACUGCAAUGUGCAUUUAACUGGACUAAGAGUGAAGAUGUGAAGACAUUUUGCAAAUAUUUGGAACAGAAACAGAAGGAAUUGAGCAUGUAGGCAGUACAGUAUUUGAAUAACAGUUUCAGUGUAUAAACUGGCCUGACAUCUCUGUAGCAAAAAUUAUUCUAAACAAAAUUUGGAUUUUUAAUCUGAAAUAAGAAACAUCCGUAAUGAUGAAAAUGAUAAUCUACUGGCAGUGUGUGUUAAUGAGUCAGCACUGUGAAUGUUAAUAUAUUCAAUGACUUGUCAUUAAUUGCCACUGUAGAGGGCUUGGUGUGUACAUUUUAAAAAUUCAUAUUGGGAAGUAUAAAUCCCAGUGGAUUUUAAUGUAUUGAAAGUUAUGCUUCUCUGUAAGAAGUUUGUAAUGACCGUUGUAUUUGAUGACUUUUCUCAUUGCAUGCCGUCAAGAUACCAUCUAUAUCAAGUUAGGAACAUUUCCAAGGCAGUUUCAUAUGUUAUGAACACAUUGCUUGCUGCCUUUCCUGCCUGUGUUAAGUACAUCCUAAGCAGUAUUUUACUGUAAACAUUCUGGUUUUUCUUCUCAUGAAUUUUUCAGCAGUAUGUAUUGUUCUGGUGACAUUAACAAGACCCUGACUUAAUGACAAUCGCAACACAUAAACCAUCUGACAUUAUUGAAAUGUCAUUGUGUAAGAUUAUUGCAUUGUAAUUAAGAAGAAUUUGGAUUUUUCAGGAUUUACACACUUGUCAGGUUAUUUCAAUUAAUCUUGGGAAACAUCAUGUGGAAAAUAAGGAUACAGUCAAUUAUACAAACUGGAUGUAUAGCCUAAAUACUGCAUAUCAAUACGUAGAACCAUGAAAUUGUAAGGAUUAGACAAAUAUAUAGAUUGUUAUUUUUUUUCUUCUGUUGCUUAAGGGAGAGCUUUAGUUGGAAUUCCGUUAUGCUCUUUACAGAGGCUGCUGAGUGUAUGUUUAGUGAUGAUGUAUGUCUUUGUGUCUCUUCUGUUUUAUUUCCUGUGCAGAAUGUGGGAAACUGUAUUAAUUGACAAAACCAAGUGUGGAGUGAGCCUGUGUGGGUGUGUAUGUGUGUGCAGUUGCAGAUUGGAAGUGUGAAGUCUAUUCUUGAGAACUAUUUCAGAGAGGAAGUGUCAGAGAGGUAGGUUCAGUUAUUAUUGAGAUAAUCUGAACAAAGCAAUCUUUUUGUGAUACAAAUAAUUUUUUUUCUUUACAUAGAUGUUUAUAUAUAUUACAAUAUUGUGAGGUGAUAACAACAUGGGGAUUUUUUUAUAUGGGCCGUCCAAUAAAAGGAAGAAAAAUAAAAAGAAAAAUUGUUAUUUUUGUUUUCAAAAUGCCUUAUAGUCUGAUAAAAACACCAACUGCAAGUGGGUGAACGAAAGCUUUUAAAUGAAAUAUGUAUUGUAUAUUUAUGUUGCAAUUUAGAGGCGAGCUUGUGCGAAGGAACAGGAAGCUCAGAUCUUAUGAUUUUGUGUGAUAUUGUGAUGACAUUGUAGGGAGGGGAGAGAGAUUUUGGAAGGGGGGUUCUCUAAACUUGAAUGAAACAAGCUUGCUAGAGUCAGUUAAUGUAAAAUAUGCACAUUCAUUUUAUGAAGCAUUGUACUUGUAUGGUCUUUUUUCUUUGUAAAUAUAUGAGCUCUGAAUACAUGUGAA